AGUGGGUGUGGUCAGAAUGGUGGCACGAGGCUCACCAGCGAGGAAGGUACAGAGGAGUAGGAAGAACGAAGGAUCGUCUCUUGACCAUUGUCCCUGCAUCUCUAUGGAAGAGAAUAAGUUCUCACGUGAUGCACCAGCUCACAAAAACUGACCAUUCUGGUUCUGAUGGUAGCGAAACCUGAAUGGAGGGAUAAAAAUAUUGGGUACGACACAUGGAGACGGUCUCACAGUCUUUUGGGGUCUAGAACAGUCCAGAAGACCUGCUGGAAGGCGCUGUCCAGUUCCAAAUGACGGAACUUCACCAGACGAGAGAGAAACUUCCACCGCUGCAUCUUACCUUUCAACACGCGCUUAUAGUUUUUGCGCUUAGCUAGCAGAUCGAGAGCGAGCUAGGCACACACACACACGCAGAGCGCGCCUAGCCUGCAUCAAAGACCACGUGUUUUUUGCGAGGGGGUGCGUGUGUAUAUUUCCAAGAUGUCGAAGGCAGACAAGACAGAGAGGACGUUCAUAAUGGUAAAGGUGGACGGUGUUCAGCGAGGACUGGUUGGAGAAAUCAUAAAACGUUUCGAGCAGAAGGGAUACAAGUUGGUGGCUCUCAAGUUUCUCAAGCCGUCUCUGGAUCAUGUAAAGCAGCACUACAAGGACCUCAGCUCCAAAGGUUUCUACGAUGGUCUGUGCAAGUUCAUGUCUUCAGGACCUGUAGCUGCCAUGGUAUGGGAGGGUAUGAAUGCAGUGGCCGCUGGUCGUAUAAUGCUGGGAGAGACUGACCCUGUAAGAUAUCUCCGCAAAAAUCUGCUCCAGGCACCAUUCGUGGGGACUAUUGUAUCCACAUUGGACGGUGAGGACAGUGUGUCUCGACUCAUACUACCAACUCACUCGUCCUGUAGUAAUAUCUGUCAUGGCAGUGAUAGUGUGGAGAGUGCUCAGAAAGAGAUAAGUCUCUGGUUCAAGGAGGAAGAGCUGGUGUCCUGGGUUCAAACCUCCAGUCAAUGGAUCUAUGAGUAGAACAUGGACCUGUCUCUGACUAUGCCUCUAGUUAGGAAUCAAAAAGUCAUCCAGUUUUAUGUAGUUUAUUAA